GACCGGACCAUUCCAUCACACGGGGGGUUAAAACUUGAGGCUCAAAGUUUGGCUCAGAAUGGGUUUUAGCUCAUGAAACACACUGCUAUGGUCAAAAAAGAAGGAAGGUUGAUUUUGAGUCUCUCUGAACGGAUAUUAGCUCCACUUUUUCUGAUCUUCCAGCUGUCUCAUCUCAACACUCUUGGUGACAACGUGAUUUGAAACAAGCAGAACUUUGGAGUCACAAACCGCAUCCAACGCUAAAGAUCCAGGAACAAAAUGGAUGUUCCUUUCAAUCUGUCCCUCUCUAAUCUCUCGCUUUCCGUCUCCCCAACAUCUCCACCUCUGGAUCUUCAACAUCCCCUCCCGACCAUCAUCAUCAUCGUGUGUCUCUUCGUUCUGUUCGGGGGCUGUGUGAUCUUUCUGGCGGUGGGCUGCUCGCCAGGAGGGUCCUGGGGUGUGGACGGGGACUGUGGCCCGGCGGACGGUCUCUCGUGCGAGCAGACUCUGUCCAGUGAGCCCCAGCUGAAGCUCUGGAAGCGCUUGGGCUCUAUGAGGCAGUCGUUCUCCUCCACGCCAGCGUUCAGAAGACCCGUUCAGCCAUACGUAGCCCAGAGCAGGAUGCAAUCAGGGUCAGUGCCGCUCGCAGAGUCAAAGACAAAUGACUCCCACACCUAUAUUACUAUACCAUCUCUGCUGCAGUAUGCCACAGAGAUCUGAGCUCUGUUGCAAAACCUAGUGAGUCGCCUUGCAGUCUAGUGCCUACAUAGGCAGCUGGCUUUUAAGUGACUGAUUUGAAGUACACUUCAUAGGAAGCAACUCCAACUACAGGAAACUAGACUUAAAGGAUUAGUCCACUUUUAAAUACACUUUUCCUGAGAAAUUUAC